GCCGGACAAAGGGUUGAAAGCCAGAUAAUUGGUGCUUUGCAUCCCUGUGCUUACGCAGGUGACCAAGACCUGGUGGCCUAGCCAGGACCGUUGUAGUGUGGAAUACCAGAUGGCAGAUACGUUGUAUUGGGGUAAAAAAAGGUCAGUGGUACAAUUCUCGUGUUUGAAAAUGAAUGGUAGUGGUGAUGACUAUUUUUCAUUGGUUGUGGCCUCAAUGAGUUGAGAAGGACCUGAAAGUAAUAGGUCAACCGUUGCAUGGUUGAUUGAGUAAACAUAAGCAUUUCACUUUUCUAGAAUCUGUAUUAUAAAACUAGGUUUUAAGUUGAUCGUGAAUAAAGUAAUACAUAAUCUUGGAAAAUGGGUGUUGUGUAGUCAACAUUGGUUAGAGGUGGUUUCAUUUUCUAUUCAGCACUUGACUUUGUUUUAUUUGCUUACUUUUCUCUUGUAUUCAUGUUCUCUUCCUACAAUAAUCUGAGGAGAUUGUUCUUGGACAUUGGGGAUGACGAGUCCUAAUAACUCUCAGAACUUGUAUGUUGGAAUCUGGUUCAAGGGUAUCCUUCCCCGGACAGUUGUGUGGGUGGCCAAUAGAGAAAAUCCUGUUACAGACUCCACGGCGAAUCUAGCUAUCAGUAGCAAUGGAAGUCUUCUCUUAUUUGAUGGCAAACAUGGCAUUGUCUGGUCCAUUGGAGAAAUUUUUGCAUCUAACGGGUCUCGUGCAGAGCUUUCAGACAGCGGAAAUCUUUUAAUCAUAGAAAAAGUUUCGGGAAUAACUCUAUGGCAAAGCUUUGAGCAUCUUGGUAAUACUAUGCUACCUUACUCCUCCCUGAUGUAUAACCCUGCCACUGGUGAGAAGCGGGUAUUGUCUUCCUGGAAAAGUUACACCGAUCCAUCGCCUGGUGAGUUUGUAGAUCAUAUUACAACGCAAGUGCCACCACAAGGGUUUAUUAUGAGAGGCUCGAAGCCUUAUUGGAGAAGCGGUCCAUGGGCUAAAACAAGGUUUACUGGCGUACCAUAACGGAUGAAUCAUACACACAUCCAUCCAUUUAGCGUUCAGCAGGAUGCAAACGGGUCAGUAUACUUCUCUCAUUUACAAAGAAACUUCAAACGUUCAUUUUUAGUAUUAACAUCAGAGGGGUCACUGAAGGUUACUCAUCAUAAUGGCACAGACUGGGUAUUGAACAUUGAUGUUCCAGCUAACACAUGUGAUUUUUACGGUGCAUGUGGACCUUUUGGAUUGUGUGUAAUGUCCAUUCCUCCAAAGUGUAAAUGCUUUAAAGGUUUUGUACCACAAUUCAGUGAGGAAUGGAAAAGAGAGAAUUGGACUGGUGGUUGUGUGAGGCGUACUGAACUACAUUGUCAAGGAAACUCUACUGGGAAACAUGUAAACGUCUUCCAUCCUGUUGCCAACAUAAAACCUCCAGACUUUUACGAAUUUGUGUCCUCUGGGAGUGCAGAAGAAUGCUACCAAAGUUGCCUCCACAAUUGUUCGUGCUUGGCUGUAUCUUAUAUUCAUGGAAUAGGCUGCUUAAUGUGGAGCCAGGAACUAAUGGAUGUAGUGCAAUUCUCUGCGGGAGGAGAGCUUCUUUUCAUUCGUCUUGCACGUUCUGAAAUGGGUGGAAACAAGCGCAAGAAGACCAUUACUGCUAGUAUUGUUAGCAUUUCUGUUUUUGUGACAUUGGCUUCUGCUGCGUUUGGUUUCUGGAGAUACAGAUUGAAACAUAAUGCAAUUGCAUCAAAGGUUUCUUUACAAGGUGUAUGGAGGAAUGAUUUGAAAUCAGAAGAUGUCUCAGGUUUAUAUUUCUUUGAGAUGAAGACCAUUGAAAUUGCCACCAAUAAUUUCAGUCUCGUAAACAAACUCGGACAAGGUGGAUUUGGUCCAGUUUACAAGGGAAAGCUACAAGAUGGGAAAGAAAUUGCUGUAAAACGUCUUUCUAGCAGCUCCGGACAGGGCAAAGAGGAGUUCAUGAAUGAAAUAGUACUCAUCUCCAAGUUACAACACAUAAACUUGGUUCGGAUUUUAGGAUGUUGCAUUGAAGGAGAAGAGCGGCUAUUGAUUUAUGAGUUCAUGGUGAACAAAAGCCUUGAUACUUUUAUCUUUGAUUCAAGAAAAAGGCUUGAGAUUGAUUGGCCUAAGAGAUUCAGUAUUAUUCAAGGGAUUGCGCGUGGACUUCUUUACCUUCACCGUGACUCACGUCUCAGAGUAAUUCACCGAGAUGUGAAGGUUAGCAAUAUUCUUCUUGACGAAAAAAUGAACCCGAAAAUAUCAGAUUUUGGAUUGGCUCGGAUGUAUGAAGGAACCAAAUAUCAGGACAACACUCGCAGGAUUGUAGGAACUCUAGGAUAUAUGUCUCCUGAGUAUGCAUGGACUGGAGUUUUCUCUGAGAAGUCCGACACCUACAGCUUUGGAGUUGUUUUGUUAGAAGUUAUCAGCGGAGAGAAGAUCUCAAGAUUCAGUUAUGAUAAAGAGUGCAAAAGCCUUCUUGCAUAUGCGUGGGAAUCAUGGUGCGAAAAUGGAGGAGUUGAUUUUUUGGAUAAAGAUGUUGCUGAUUCAUGUCACCCAUCUGAAGUUGGAAGGUGUGUUCAAAUUGGUCUGCUUUGUGUUCAACACCAACCUGUAGAGAGACCCAACACACUUGAGUUGUUGUCUAUGCUCACCACAACAUCAGAUCUUCCAACACCAAAAGAACCCACAUUUGCAGUGCAUACUAGCAAUGACGGAUCCCGCACUAGUGAUUUGAUUACCGUCAAUGAGGUGACACAAUCUGUGGUGCUUGGGCGUUAAGAACGAUGACACGUUAUCUCAUCUCAACUAAACUGAUAAAAUUUUCAAUGUUGUAACUUCAACUUCAUAUUAAUUCAUUUCAAAUAAAGUGUUUUAGUUAGUAUC